AAACAAUCCCCCAUUUGGAUCUUCUUUAUGCCGUACCUCCACACAUGUUUAUCGUUUGAUUGAUUGAUUGAUUUGGGUUCUCAAAUCAUGGACCCUCGGGUUCAAUCGGGCUAGGUGGAGGUCUUCCCUCCGUUGGAUGAAAUCAUGUCCGAUCUGUCGCGACUACCCCGAGGGAGCUCGUCAUCAUCGCCGGCUCCUCCUCCCCCCCCUCCACCAGCUCCCCUCCACCAAGGCCAUCGUUAUUCCAACCGCGCGGCCAAUGCUCUGGCUAGAUUCGCCCAACCGUUCUUUUCCGGGUCCAGACCUCCAAGCCCGCAGACUCUCCCCGGAAGUCGUGCAGACUUGGCGGUUGCUCCCCGGUUUACUACUAGGUCCAAGUCCUUGCCGGGAGCGUCCCAAACCGUUACGCAUAAGACGGGAAUCCCCAUAGCCGCGGUGGAUAUUUCCCCUCAGCGGACACAUGCAGUCAUCGGGGGGAAAGAAAUCCUCAAGACCAUUCGGGUCUCUCCCGACCAUCUGUCCGAAGAGUUUAACCUUCGCAACACGAUCAUCAGUUAUGCUUCCACCCACCAUGGUGGGAGCGCGCUCUCCGCGCGGCAUAAGGACCAGCUGACGGUACGCGAUGUCAAGUGGUCACAUGGGCAUUAUGACCAGAUCAUCGCCACGGCCGUUGCCAAUGGGCGCAUUGUCCUCUAUGAUCUGCAUCGACCGGGCCUAGAAUUCUGUCGGUUCCAGGGCCACAGUCGCCAGGUCCACCGGCUCGCAUUCAAUCCGCAUCACCCGCAGUGGCUGCUGUCCGGCAGUCAGGACUCAUCCACCCGCCUGUGGGACCUGCGCAUGCCCUCGACGGAGCGCGGGGUCCCCGUCUGCGGCAGCAAAGAGCACUACAUGGGGAACAGUGACGCCAUCCGCGACAUCCGGUGGUCCCCCAGCGAAGGGUUCGCGUUUGCCACGGCGACCGACAGCGGCGCCAUCCAGCUGUGGGAUUCGCGCAAGAACAGUGCCCCGCUGCUGCGCAUUACCGCCCACGACCGCCCGUGCUUCUCCGUGGAUUGGCACCCGGACGGGAAGCACAUCAUCAGCGGCGGCGCCGAUCGGCAGGUCAAGGUUUGGGACUUUUCGUCGUCCGCGGAGCGGAGACAGAAGCCGACCUUCCAGUUUCGAACCCCCCAGGCGGUCCUCAACGUGCGAUGGCGACCCCCGUCCUGGGACCGGGAGCCCGAGGGGAACGGCGACUGGCAGUCGUCCCAAGUCGUGACCUCGUAUGACAAGGAGGAUCCCCGCAUCCACCUGUGGGAUCUGCGACGACCGUACAUCCCCUUUCGAGAAUUCGACCGCUACGAGUCGCAUGCGGCCGAUCUUCUGUGGCACUCAAAAGACCUGCUGUGGACCGCCGGUGAAUCGGGGUCCUUCACGCAGACGGAUGUUCGAUAUGCCCCGCACAUCAUCAAUCAGCGACCGACCUGCUCCGUGGCCUGGAGUCCGAGCGGUGAGGUCCUGGCCUUCGUCCAGAAACGCCCGGCCCGACGGGCCCUGGGUCUCAGUGCCACCGAAUUUGUGGGCCAGGCGGAGGAGGAGAACAGCAGCGGCGAGGUCUUCAGUCAGAGCCCCGCCGACGAUUCGCCCGACGAACCGUCGUUCACCGUGGUCAACCACCGACACAGCAAGUCUACCGGUGCCAGGCCAUCCAAAUCCUUGGACAACACUCCACCGGGCGUCGCGGAGUUCUUCCCGAUCCUGUCUUUGGAGAAGACCCUGGCGAAGGUAAAGCCCCCCGGUCCCCGGCAGUUGGGCGCAAUUGGAGGCAUCCUGGGUGCCACCAUGGAUCGGGGAACAUUCCGGUAUCUGGCCCGAAACUACGCCUCGCUCUUCACGGACACCGGUAACGCCCGCACCGACCCGGCACGAUCUCUACUGGAGUCACUCGAUCACAAUGCAGGUUGCGCCGAGGAUGUCUCCCUGGUCAAACUGGCCCAGACGUGGCAGGUCAUCCGAAUGGCAGUCGCGGAAGAACUCCGAAUGAGAGCCCAGGAACAGCGCCAAAAUCCCGAGAAGGCGACGCGUGCGGCAAAGAAGAGACUCUCCAAAGAAGAACCGGGGGCCGAGAAGACACGCACCACAGAAGAUGGCAAGCUCGAGAAGAUGAAGAGUCGGUUUUUCAAGGGGACCCGGGAGAUUGGAGCGUCCAAGCUCUCCCUUGCCGACACCGAAAGCGCCUCGAACAUGACGACGCCGCUUGCACAGCCUUUGCCCGAUUCCCCGAUUGGCACCUCAGAGAGCUCCGCCUCCCACAUGACGUCUCUGAAUGAUCCGACUGACAUCCAACCGCUUCCGCCAUCGCUCCUCAGCUCACGGUUUGGCACCAUGGAGUCGAACGAGUCCUCGUCCAUGUCGGAACUCGGUACCGGUGCACAGGAGCAUGGGUUCGUUGCCCCAGAUCGUCUAUCACCUGGCUCCGCUCGCAUGGCCAUGUCCCAGGCGUUCGAGGACGAGCAAAGAUCAGCCCCGCGGGCGAUCACCGGUCGAGCCGACUGGCGUGCCUUGGAUACCUACCCCGCCCGUGCAGACGACAACGAGGAUGAAGCAGCCGUCCAUGACUACAAGUCAUUCCCGAAGAAGGCACUCUCGCUCGAAUCCCACGGAGAUGCCCCGAAAGCCGCCGAAUUUCGUCGCCACGGGUCAUCGGACAGUUUCCCGAUGUUCUCCGCGUCGACGGGGAGUUCGCACCCGUCUCGGAAUUUGGCCACUUCGUUUUCUUCCGCGAAUAGGCUGCAUGAUGUCGCCGAGGAUGAGGCCUCUGACGAGGAAGUGGACCGUCAGGCCCCUAGCGAGGUUUCGUUUCGGGCUCGGGAGGCCUCCCUUCUCGGCAGGGACGCAGUCCAAGGCAAAGACGCCCCUACAAAUGGGGAAUCCCCGGUUGACAGCCACUCCGAUGCGGAACACGUGCACCUUGAGCGGCCGUCGAGCCCUCUACCGCUGUUGAAAGAAUCGAGUCCUUUGCAGACCCCCAGCCGGGAAGAAAGUCCUAGCCUCGCUGCGCAGACCAUACCCGACAGCCUGUUGGGGGUGACCAUCCCCAUCAAACCUGAUGGAUCGGGAAACAAACCAUGGAGUGCCGAAGCAUUGCUGAAGCAAGCCAUCCGGUACUGUCACAGCAGCACUCGUGUCGAUACCCAGUCGGCCGCCCAUUUUCUCCAGAAACUGCGGGAACUCUUCCAAGAUUGCGAGGAGAUCAUCCCCAGCCACGAGAGCGAGCUCCUAUUCAAAGCAUACAACGAGGACCUCCAGCGCCAGUCGAUGUACAUCGAGGCCGCCGAGCUCCGCCUGCUCUGCGUGCCGUCAUACCCAGCCGUGUACGAGUACGCGCAGACAGACACCUACAUGAACGUAUACUGCUUCACCUGUAAACGUCCAUACGAGAACCCCAGACCCGACAACCGCCGCUGCCACCGAUGCCAGACGCCACAGGAACCCUGCGCCAUCUGUAUGAGCCUGGACCCACCCCCAGAGUGGGUGCUAGAACAGUCCGAGCCAUCUACAUUCCCACCCCACGGCGUAAGCACAGAUCCAUCAUCAUCAAGCAACAUAUCGCUCAAAACAGAGCCCAUCCCUGCAUCCGAAAUGAACCACCUAGCAGGCUUCGACUCGGUCCGCCCCAAAGGCUCCACCCUCUGGACCUGGUGCCAAGGCUGCGGCCACGGCGGCCACAUGGCCUGCAUCCACACCUGGCUGAAGGACACCACCAUCAGCGAAGGCGGCUGCGCCACCCCAGGCUGCGCCCACGACUGCGGGCCCGGGCCCCGCCGAGACCACAACCGCCGCAUCCUCCAAGAAGAGUCCAAGCGCCGCGACUCCGUCGGCCGCAAAUCCGGCACCGGCUUCGUCAAGCGCGACCCGUGGGCAAAGGGCGAGAGCAAGGCCGUUGAGAAAGUGCGCGGCAUGUUAGGUGCCCAGACUACUGCAUCGGGCGCCAGCUCGUCGGCGAAUAGUGCUGCGCCGAGCACGACUUCUAAUCUGAUGUCGCCGAAGAAGGUCCGCUUGGUAACGCCUAGUGAGCAGGGACGGCGGCGGGGCACGCCGUCGAGGUCGAGUAUAGGGGGGAGCAGUACUGUGAGUGGGUAGCCUUUACCUUGAGUAUGGGUAAGGAGGGGGGUGAAGAUGUCAAAUUUCUGUUUCCUUUUCCUUGAUGUUGUUUGCAUGGCAGCUUGUUGUUUGGUUUAGUGUAGUUUCGUUAGUUUAGCAUGAGAUGGCGUACUAGGCUUAGGCCGUUGAGAAUUUUUAUAC